CUGGUAUCCUCACGAGCAGACAUUUCGGCUGCCCGUCCGCAAACACUGGCUGGCUGGAGUUAGCUCAAGUACCAAUACAUCCCAGCCCACGCCCCCCUUCCCCUCCGCCCAGGCUCGUUUGCUCGCUUGCUUUGCCGACUGACUGAUUUAGAUACGAGAAUCUUAUUGACCCUCGCCGUCUCCUGGCCUGCGCUUUCUGCGUGGGGAGGAGGCUGGCGUUUAUCACCGCUAGUUCGACUGCCUUCCUUGCCAUCGACGACGAGUGGCGCCCGAUCUUCUCGUUUUUGUUCUUUGCUUUGCCCUGGCUCCCCCCUCCCGAUCGAUCGACUCGCGCCGCGCCCGCCACCGAAACCGCCAGAGUGAUGUCUCCCCCGAGCCGAGCAUAGACCUGCGGCCUCUCUGUUUAGAACUGGAACAAGAAAGGCAAGCCCUUUUUUCACAAUGAGCGCACCGCCGCCGCCGCCUCCGCCUCACGGAGCAAACCCUAAGACGACUCGUAGCGGAGGUCUCCCGCCCGGGAAGUACGAUGUCUUCAUAAUACCGGAGCACUCGGCUGGUGCUGGCUUCCUGUAUCUGCCCUCGCUGCGGACGAACACCAACAGCUUUGCGGCUGGCUUCGCCACGGCUCUCCUGCUAGUAGUCCUGGGCCAGAGCAUGGCCCCCGCCUUCAAGCAAUGGUGGACAACGUUCCAGGGCAUGGGCAACGUGGGCAUGAUGAUGCUCACGCUGGCCGUGGGACUUGGAGCAUGGUCCCUGGGGAGGGCACAGCAAGAUGGCGGGUCCGGAGCCUACGGUUUCACCCGCGGGUUCAGCGGUAGUCAUGACGGCUCCGGGGGAGGACCGUUUGGCGGUGGAGCCACGCCGGGGUACGAAAGCUCACCGCCUCCCCCGCCCCGGCAUGGCCCGUCCCCCAACCACGGCUCCGGGUCACCUCCUCCGCAACGGCCACCGCCGCCACCUGGGCACGGGUCGGGCCCGUCACCGCAGCAGCACCAUCAGCACGCGCCGCCGCCGCCACCUGGGCAUGGGUCAGGUCCAUCGCAGCAGGAACGCCAUCAGCAUGCGCCACCCCCACGGGAGCAAGACCCGCGCCCGUCGUCGCAACAACGUCAUCGGCACGCACCACCACCUCAUGGACGUGGCUCGGAGCCACCCCCGAGGCGACAUGAGCAACCCCCGCCGCCCCCUCCGCGGGAGGAGACAUAUUCACCCCCGCCCCCGCCGCCUCAAAGGCCACGGCAAAAGCCGCCUGCUCCUACACCUCCACCGCCAACGCAGCCUUCCCCAAGAAAGAAGAAACAUGCGCCUGCUCGGACUCCAGCUCCUCAGCCACCUCCACCGCAACAGGCACCGCCCCCUCAGGCAGCACCGGCACCUCAACCAGUGCCGGCUCCUCAACCAGCACCAGCUCCUCAGGCAGUGUCAGCUCCUCGGGCAGCACCAGUUCCUCAAGCAGCGCCGGCUCCCCAGGUAGCGCCGGCUCCUCAGCCAACGCCAGCUCCUCAACCAGUGCCACCCCCUCGGAUAGCACCGAUACCACAGCCUCCCCCUCCCAGGCCAGAAACACCCGUGCAAGAGAAACCGAAGCCUGCUGCUCCAAAGCCGGAACCUCCUGCGCAAAGCUCGCCAAAGCCUGAAGCACACAAGGGGGCCUGGGAGCGCGCACGCGAGGAGACAAGGAGGAAAGAAGAGGAGCGAAAGGCCAGGGAGGAGGAGAAGAGAAAACGGGAGGCUGCAGCUGCAGAGCUUGCGCGCGAGGAGGCUAGGAAAAUGGAAGAGGAGCGGAAGGCCAAGGAGGAGGCCCAGAGGAAACGCGACGCUGCUGCGGCAAGACUGAAGCAACUCCGCGAAAAGGAAGCCCGCGAAAGAGCGCUGCGCGAGAAAGAAAGGCUGGCUCGCGAGAAAGAGCAACAGGAGCGUGAAGCCAAAGAGAGGGCAGAACACGAAGCCAAAGAACGCGAGCUGCGCGAAGAGCUCGAGAGGAAAGAGAAGGAGAUUCGCGAACUUCGUGAUAAGGAACAAAGAGAACGCGAUCUCCGGCUGCAGCGCGCCAAAGAGGCUGCUGAGAAGGCGGGGCGUGAAAAGCUGGCCAAAGAAAAGGAGCGGGUGGCCCAGGAACAAGCGAGGAUCCUCAAGGAGAAGAUUGCUGAGGAACAGGCAAGACUCCUCAAAGAUAGGAUGGCCCAGGAGCAGACCAGACUUAUCAGGGAGAGGCUGGCCCAGGAACAGGCUAGGCUCAUCAAGGAGAAGGAGCGCCUGGAGAGGGAGGCUAGGGAAGCCAAGGAGGCCAAGGAGGCCAAAGCCAAAAAGGAGGAGGAGGAGAGACAAGCCCGCAAAGCGAGUUCUUAUGUCUACUCGACCGGCGAGAAGACGACACUGUGGCCAAACGGCAAGCCGACGAUACCUGUGCAACAGACGGCUCCAGCUCCAGCUCCGGUUCCUGCUCAAACCCCAGCCCCAGCUCCAGCCGCCGCCGCAUCGCCGCCGCCGCCAUCGUCAACCUCUUCUCAGCGACAGCCACCCCCUCCGGCAUCCACAACCUCCUCGUAUCAGCACCCACCACCUCCUGCCUCCUCGACGUCAUCAUAUCACCACACGCCUCCUCCGGCGUCCACAACUUCCUCUUACCAACAUCCACCGCCUCCCGCUUCCACGACUUCAUCUCACCGCCAGCCACCGCCGUCUUCGGCCUCCUCGCAGCACCAAUCGUACGCGCCAUCGAAGCCUCCUCCGCCGACGGCUCGGAGCCAUGUCGACGAAGAGGAGGCGUAUUCGUUCCGCCCAUACGACACGCCGAAAAAGUCGCACCGAAAAUCGAACUCGAACUUUUCCGAGUCAUCGUGGGCGCCAUCGCAGUCAACGACGCGUACGACGCCGCCGCCAUCGAUGCGGAUGCCAUACUCAACUAAAGACCCGGAAAAGAUUGUUAUCCGGGCGGUCUAUUGUUUUCUCAACCAGUUUUCUAAAACGCCGGGGUCGCAGCUCAUCUCGGGGCAGGGGACGGUGACGGACGGGCUGAUAUUGCGCAUUACGACGGAGGGACUGUUUAUCGACGACGAUGUUCGAGGGGUGCCGCAGCGAGAGUGGGACGUCAAGGCGUGGACGCUCAAGCAAGUAGAGACGGGAGAGUGCCAGACCAAGGGCCUGCAUAUCCUCCGCGCCACCAUCAGGGAUCAGGAGGGGAAGCGCUAUCUCUUUGUCCUCGGGGAGGAGGAGGGCUGGAAGGUGGCCAUGGGUCUUCAGCGGCUGCGCAAGGGCUCGCAGAUCCGCGGCCUCGGUGUGUCGAGCAUGAGCGGUCUGGAGACCAAGAACACGCUCGAGACGCUGGGUUGGACCACAUGAUUUCCUGUUGUCGGAUUUUUGGAAAGGAACAGAGACAGAGAUGGAGGAUAAGGGUUGUGUAUGGGGGUGGCGGAAGGUUUGUCAUGUCGUGCUGUUGCCUUGAGGCACAUGCAUCUUCCCUGUAUGUUGAUCCGCCAUCCGGAGUUGUUGUGUCUCCAAUGGAGUCUGGCACUCACCUUGCUGGGAGUGGAGAGGAGAGACGUGUGUUGGUUUUUUCUUCUUUCUUUUUCUUUCGGUCUUUGGUGUUUCCCCCACGAUCUGUUUUCCAUUAUACCACCUCUUUGUUGAUGACGCGCCGGCGGCGGCGAGCAUUUGGGGAUUGCAGCAUGGCGCGGUGGAGUUCAGACAAUGCCUAGAUUUCUUUCUGCCGAAGGAAGGGAGGGCGACUUGACCAUAGACUUAGAACAUCAGUGUCGGAGCAUAUGUGGAUUUAAACUCGAAAUACCAGGAGACUUGAUGUUUUAUAUUCUGUAACACUCUGGAAUGGCGUUGCCUUGGGUGCUCGACACUCCACUUUGUGUCUUG